AUGCGCGCCAAGGAGGACCUCACGGACAACGAUCGAACUGCAAUCCUACAGCAGCUUCUCGCGCGGGUGCAGACGUCGCCGUCUCCUUUGGUGUUGAAUGAAGCACGGUUCGCCGAAUCUGGCACGGAGCUACAGUCGACCUGUCCGACAAGCUUCGCCCGUGCCAGCCUGUCUGCUGAAGGAAAAAAGUUCGUUCUGGCAGGAACCUCAAGCAGGAACCUCAAGCUCGACUCUGUUGCUGCCCAUCUCAAACUCGUACCCAAGGCUCGACGGACAACAUUUCGGUCCAUCGCUACCGCCAUGUCCAAGCCCCAGUCGGCCCUGCAUGACUACUAUCGGCGAGGAAUUUUCGUGAAAUACUCUAGUACGAUCAAGCCGGCACUGACGGAUUCCAACAAGGCCGUUCAACUCAACAUGAUGGACUGUGUCCAUGUGGACGAAAAGUGGUUUUUCGCCACGCGAGUUCACAAGUCGUAUUAUCUUGCACCCGACGAAGCCCCUCCUCAUCGCACGGUCAAGUCCAAAACGUUCAUCACGAAGGUCAUGUUUCUGUCCGCCGUUGCCUGA